UUCUAGUGCCUGUCCUCCAUGUUUUAUAAGUAUUGACAUAACACUGUGUUAACAAUGCAUCCACAGAGCUUGGCUGAAGAGGAGAUAAAAGCAGAGCAGGAGGUGGUAGAGGGCAUGGAUAUCUCUACUCGAUCCAAAGAUCCUGGUUCUGCUGAGCGGACGGCACAAAAAAGGAAGUUUCCCAGCCCUCCUCAUUCUUCAAAUGGCCACUCUCCUCAAGAUACGUCCACUAGCCCCAUCAAAAAGAAAAAGAAGCCUGGCUUAUUGAACAGUAACAGUAAGGAGCAGUCAGAACUAAGACAUGGUCCGUUUUACUAUAUGAAGCAGCCACUCACCACAGACCCUGUUGAUGUUGUACCGCAGGAUGGACGGAAUGAUUUCUAUUGCUGGGUUUGUCAUCGGGAAGGCCAAGUCCUUUGCUGUGAGCUCUGUCCUCGGGUUUAUCAUGCUAAGUGUCUGAAACUGACUGCGGAACCAGAGGGGGAUUGGUUUUGCCCAGAAUGUGAGAAAAUCACUGUAGCAGAAUGCAUUGAGACGCAGAGUAAAGCUAUGACAAUGCUUACCAUCGAACAGUUAUCCUACCUGCUCAAGUUUGCACUACAGAAAAUGAAACAGCCGGGGACAGAACCAUUUCAGAAACCCGUGUCGCUGGAUCAGCAUCCAGAUUAUGCCGAAUAUAUCUUUCAUCCAAUGGAUCUUUGUACAUUAGAAAAGAAUGUCAAAAAGAAAAUGUAUGGUUGCACUGAAGCCUUUUUGGCCGACGCCAAAUGGAUUUUGCACAACUGCAUUAUUUACAAUGGGGGAAAUCAUAAAUUGACGCAAACAGCCAAAGUAAUUAUCAAAAUCUGUGAACAUGAGAUGAACGAAAUUGAAGUGUGUCCAGAAUGUUAUUUAGCUGCUUGCCAAAAACGAGAGAACUGGUUUUGUGAGCCUUGUAGCAAUCCACACCCUUUGGUCUGGGCUAAACUGAAAGGAUUUCCCUUCUGGCCUGCAAAAGCACUGAGGGACAAAGACGGGCAGGUCGAUGCCCGUUUCUUUGGACAACAUGACAGGUCACUUAUCCGGCAACCUCACCUAUCUGGAACACAGCUGAGAACCAGGAAGGCCUGGGUUCCAAUAAAUAAUUGCUACCUCAUGUCUAAAGAAAUUCCUUUUUCUGUGAAAAAGACUAAAAGCAUUUUCAACAGUGCAAUGCAGGAGAUGGAGGUAUACGUGGAGAACAUUCGCAGAAAGUUUGGUGUAUUUAAUUACUCCCCAUUCCGGACACCAUACACACCCAACAACCAAUUCCAAAUGUUAUUAGACCCCUCAAACCCUGGUGCUGGGACUGCAAAGACAGAUAAACAAGAGAAAAUCAAACUGAAUUUUGACAUGACAGCUUCGCCGAAGAUCCUAAUGAGCAAACCCCUGCUGAGUGGGGGAACGGGCAGGAGGAUUUCUUUAACUGAUAUGCCAAGGUCACCCAUGAGUACCAACUCCUCUGUUCACACUGGAUCCGAUGUGGAGCAAGAUGCAGAAAAGAAGGCAGCUUCAAGUCAUUUCAGUGCAAGCGAGGAGUCCAUGGACUUCCUUGAGAAGAGCACAGCAUCUCCAGCAUCCACAAAACCGGGCCAAGCAGGGAGUUUGUCCGGCAGCCCAAAACCUUUCUCUCCACAAGCUUCAACCCCUCUCCCGGCAGCAGCCAAGCCAGAGAGAGCUUCCACUCCUGGAAGCAUUCUGAAUCUGAACCUCGAUCGGAGCAAGGUGGAUAUGGACCUGAAAGAACUGAGUGAAUCUGUUCAGCAGCAGGCUGCCCCUGUGCCCCUCAUUUCACCCAAAAGACAAAUUCGAAGCCGGUUCCAGCUUAACCUCGAUAAGACCAUAGAGAGUUGCAAAGCACAAUUAGGAAUAAAUGAGAUCUCAGAAGAUGUUUAUACAGCAGUAGAGCACAGUGAUUCAGAAGAUUCAGAGAAAUCGGACACGAGCGACAGUGAGUACAUCAGUGAUGAUGAACAGAAAACAAAGAUUGAACAGGAGGAGACGGAAGACAAGGAAAGUAGCCGGACAGACAAAGAUUCAGCUGCCUUGAAAAAAAAGCCCAAACCUCCCACUCCAGUGGAAAUCAAAGAAGAUUUAAAAAGCACAUCACCCCCUGCUGAAAAAUCAGACCCUCUGGUCAAAGAAAAAUCCACUACAGAUCCUGAGAAGGAUUUUCCUGAAAAAGUAAAGACUUUACCCCAUCCUGUGAAAGAGAAAGUUAAAGGCAAAGAUGAGACAGAUUCUCCUACGGUACAUUUAGGUCUGGACUCUGAUUCAGAGAGUGAACUUGUCAUAGAUCUUGGUGAAGAUCACUCUGGGCGAGAGGGACGAAAAAGCAAGAAGGAGUCCAAAGAACCACCUGCUAAGCAAGAAGCUGUAGGUAAAGCCCCACCACCCUCUAGCGCCAGCAGCAGCCAUCCUCCCCCCGAAACCCCGGUCCUCACCCGGUCAGCAGCCCAAACCUCCCCGGCCGGCGUCGCCACAGCCGCCACCACCAUCGCCACGCCCGCCAUCGCUGUUCCCCCCGCGGCCACCGGGAGCCCCGUGAAAAAGCAGAGGCCGCUGCUGCCUAAGGAAACCGCUCCAGCCGUGCAGCGGGUCGUGUGGAAUUCUUCAAGUAAGUUUCAAACGUCUUCUCAGAAAUGGCACAUGCAGAAGGUCCAGCGUCAGCAACAGCAGCAGCAGAGUCAACAAGGCCAGCAACAGCAGCCUCAGUCCUCCCAAGGGACAAGAUAUCAGACCAGACAGGCUGUGAAAGCUGUCCAGCAGAAGGAAAUCACCCAGAGCACCUCGACCUCCACCAUCACUCUUGUGACGAGUACCCAGCCAGUGUCCAUGGUCACCAGCUCAGGAUCCUCCAGCACGCUGUCAUCUUCCCUUAGCACUGACCUGCCCAUCGCCACGGCCUCGGCAGAUGUGGCUGCUGACAUUGCCAAGUACACUGGCAAGAUGAUGGAUGCUAUAAAAGGCACAAUGACGGAAAUAUAUAAUGACCUGUCUAAGAAUACCACUGGAAGUACAAUAGCUGAGAUUCGACGUUUGAGGAUCGAGAUCGAGAAACUUCAGUGGCUACAUCAGCAGGAACUCUCAGAGAUGAAGCACAACCUGGAACUGACCAUGGCUGAGAUGCGGCAAAGCCUGGAGCAGGAGCGAGACCGCCUCAUCGCCGAGGUCAAGAAGCAGAUGGAGCUGGAGAAGCAACAGGCGGUAGAUGAGACCAAGAAGAAACAGUGGUGUGCAAACUGCAAGAAAGAAGCCAUCUUCUAUUGCUGUUGGAACACCAGCUAUUGCGAUUACCCGUGCCAGCAGGCCCACUGGCCUGAGCACAUGAAAUCAUGCACACAGUCAGGUAACUUGCACGUCCAGAUCCUUCGAUCUGAGGCUCCUGGGCCUGAGUGGUCAGAGAGCACUGAUGAGGCCUCCAGGCUGCUUCUGCUGUCUCUCCAGAUUGCAGUGGGUAUGCCAAGCAGUCAGAUCCUAAAACGGUUCCAAGUUUUGCAGACUAUCACUUUUGUCUCUGCUGUUGAGCCUGCAGUUUUAAGUUUGGUCCUUUCAUUGAACAGGGCUGAGCUCACAUCCCUGCCUCCUCCACUGCCCAUGUGCUGCCCCUCGUGCACCAAGCCCUGUGUAGACUGGCGCUAUGAGGACUUCAGACCCAGUGGACUAGAGGACCCUAAUGCUGCUUGGGGCAAGCUGAGAAACAGCGAGCCAGCGAACGAGCUUGUGGAUGGGUGGGAGAACACGGAGACAAACCCGUAUCGACCUGCGUGUGCUUUGUUUCUACCCCUGCAGACCAUUCCCGUGGUGGUCAGUCCAUCUGUUGGGGCAGCGACCAUGAGGAGUGGGGGUGGCGGCGGCGGCAGCAGCAGCAGCAGUAGCAGCAGCAGCAGUGGCGGCGGCGGAGGUGGUAGUAGUAGCGGCGGUGGCAGCAGCAGCGGCGGCAGCAGCGGCGGGGGCAGCGGCGGUAGCGGCGGCGGCGUUCAGUAUGUCCAGACCGCUGUGCCAGUCCAAGUGCGGAGAGUCUAGCCCGUAACACCACCAGCCGGGGGUGUCGGAGGAGUGACGAAGACAUCUCCUGGCAUGACAGGAGAAGGAAGAGGAGCUACCAGAAAUGUGAAGAGGAGGAAGGGACAGUUGCCAACUUUGGAGAUUUAGCUUCAAAGGUUCUGACUUUUUUUUUUUUUUCCCGCUUUGUAUACACAGGACAAGGCAUCGACCACACUACAUUAAUAAGGCAUUAGCGCUGUCCAAGGACAGUUAAACCCCGUGGCAAAUGAAUGCUUCUAGUGUAAAUAAUGUACAAUUUGUGGAUGUCAUUAAACUUAGAGAACCAUCUUCUUUUUAUAUUUGUAUUGACUUUUAACUUAUAAUAAUAAUAAUUAAUAAUAAUAAUAAAAAGAAACGUUUUGGAAAAGGGAAGGUCAGACCAAUUGUCACAAAGUAGCAUUUUUUGAAUCUGGGCUGAGGGCAGUUUGCGCCCAGAAAUCAUCAAUGUUUGGGGGAUCCAUAGGGAGGCUAGACUUUUUCAUUUAUAUUUGUGUCAUGAAACAUGGGAUCGAAAGCCGUUCUCCUCAGGGGUGUGUGGCUGCCCUGCAGGCCUGAAUUGCUGUAGCUCCCCCCUUUUUGUUAAAAUCCUAUUUUAUUUCAUUGUUUGGAAAUGGAAGAUCUCUGGACCUAAGAACACCUGUUGAGAAAGUCUUUUAUUUUGUGUGAUUUACACAACGACCUGACUCUUAAAAACAAAAACAAAUCAUGACCUUGUUUACAAAACGUUGAGGGUGUGAGAAACCUGGCACAAGUGAUGGAAGAGCAGGAGGUGUUUGGAAUUUUCAUAAAGAGCUGGUGCUGAAUGGUAAACUCAUAAAGAGAGAAGCAACCUCUUCUGCUUUAUGGUUCAUUCAAAAAACAAAAAACAACAAAAAAAAAACCUAAACAAAAAAACCCUCCUCAGAGACUGUUGCGCUUUUCAUGUGGAAUGAGAACUUGAAGAAGAGACCUGGGCCAAGGACUUGAUGCUGGGGUAAAGCAUGUAUUAUUUAUAGGACAGAACCUUCUGCCCUGCUGUAAGCAUGACACAGUAGUACAUACAGUAGGACAGAGAGCCCCCUGCCCAGUGCUGCCUGUUACACUACUCAUGCUGUAGUCCCUACCAUUUUGUAUGUUGUGUAAAACAAAGGCAUUGAACAAAAAGCCAGGUAAUUGAUGUCUGUAUAUGAGAAAAUUAAUUGUAUGAUAUCAUUCCAGUACAUUUUGUUGUACAUUUAUUUCUGUGUUUAAGUUCUCCCAUUGUUUAUAAAUGAUUUGAUAUGUACAGUCUCUGGCUAGUACCCACCUUAGAGCAAAAACAAAGGUAUUAGGAGAAUAAGGAAGAGAGAAAGCAGAACAUUUGUGAAUUGCAGUCGUCAGAAAUAGCCUAGCAGGCCUUAUUUGUGAAGCAUAAUUGCUUUUAGCAUAUGGAAGUAUUUUUUCACAUUUCUUUGUAUAAAAUUUGUAUUAAACUUAAAUAUCUUUUUGGAUGAUUGUGUUUCUUUGUGAUGGAGGCAGACACACACAGUAUGCUUUUGGCUUGCCCCAGUUUUUUCAGGAAUCUUCACUUUUUUUAUUAAACUGUUUUUGGAAAAA